AUGAAUCUGCUACUGGCUUUCGUCUAUAUCCUCACCCUUGGCCUUCUCCUCGCAAAUGGCUCUGCCUUCGUCGCUGCGACCCAUACUUCUAAUUGGGCUGUCCUGGUGUCAACAUCGCGAUUCUGGUUUAACUAUCGCCAUCUCGCCAAUGUCCUUUCCCUCUACCGAACGGUAAAGCGCUUGGGCAUCCCCGACUCUCAGAUCAUCCUCAUGCUGCCCGAUGACAUGGCGUGCAAUCCGCGAAACGCAUUUCCAGGAACCGUUUACAACAAUGCGGAUAGAGCGCUGGAUCUAUAUGGUGAUAACAUCGAGGUGGAUUAUCGAGGCUACGAAGUGACUGUCGAGAGUUUUAUUCGCCUUCUCACUGAUCGCCUGGGAGAGGACGUGCCCCGCAGCAAACGGCUAGGCUCCGACGCCGGAAGCAACGUCCUGGUUUACAUGACGGGUCACGGGGGGGAUCAGUUCCUGAAAUUCCAAGACUCUGAAGAAAUCGGUGCAUGGGAUCUGGCCGAUGCAUUUGGUCAAAUGUGGGAGAAGAAACGUUACAGUGAAUUACUAUUUAUGAUCGACACCUGCCAGGCAAACACCAUGUUCACACAUUUUUAUUCCCCAAACAUCAUCGCGACCGGUUCAAGUGCAUUGGACCAGUCUUCCUACUCCCAUCAUGCAGACAGCGACGUUGGAGUUGCCGUUAUCGAUCGCUGGACUUACUACAUUCUCGAAUUCCUUGAAACGCAGGUGACUUCACCGAGCUCUAAGCUCACACUUGGCGACCUAUUCGAUUCAUACGACGAGUCAAAGAUUCACUCGCAGCCAGGUGUGCGCUGGGAUCUUUUUCCCGGUGGUGAGCAGGCUGGGCGGUUACGCAAAGUUAUGGACUUCUUCGGCAACGUCCAAGAUGUUGAAAUUGAAGCUGGGCAAAAUGCCACCGCUGAUAUCCGUGAAGACUUGGCAGCUGUUGCGAAGUUGGUCGAGGAGUGGAAACAGCGAGAACGUGCUUAUUUCUCAAAUGCGAGCAGCACCGAAUCUGUGUCGGAGCAGCUGUCCAACACUGCCCAGAAAAAUCGUGUUACCCUCUCUCCAGUGCAAACACCCACUGGUGCCGUGAGAAUGAAGGACAUGAAUACCUGGAACAAACAAGCCGUCGGCGUAUCUUUGUUGGCUGGCCUGGGGGCUGUGUGGCUCGCUGGAUCUUUAACGGCAAAAUCAUAA